AUGUCUAUCUCCGUCUGUUCAUUACUAUCUAUCUAUUUAUCUAAGUCUCUUCAUAUAAUAUCUAUCUAUCUAUCUAUCUAUCUGCGUGUCUGUCUGUCAGUCUGUCUAUCUAUCUAUGUACUCAGUUCAUAUCUAUCUGUCUAUCUUUCUCGGUCUGUUAAUAUCUAUCUAUCAAUCUAUCUUAUUUCAUAUCUAUCUAUCUCAGUCUUUUCAUAUCUCAGUCUGUUCAUAUCUAUCUAUCUAUCUAUCUAUCUAUCUAUCUAUCUAUCUAUCUCAGCCUGUUCAUAUCUAUCUAUCUAUCUAUCUAUCUAUCCGUCUAUCUCAGUCUGUUCAUAUCUAUCUAUCUAUCUAUCUAUCUAUCUAUCUAUCUCAGUCUGUUCAUAUCUCUCUCAGUCUGUUCAUAUCUAUCUAUCUAUCUAUCUAUCUAUCUAUCCAUCUAUCUCAGUCUGUUCAUAUCUAUCUAUCUAUCUAUCUAUCUAUCUAUCUAUCUAUCUAUCUAUCUAUCUCAGUUCAUAUCUCUCUCAGUCUGUUAAUAUCUAUCUAUCUAUCUAUCUAUCUAUCUAUCAAAAGAUAUUCAAAUAUUCCCCGGCUCCAUCAAUGCUUUCUUUCUUAUCUUUUUUCUCCCUUUCAUUUCUUCUUUAUUUGCUGAUUUAUUUUCUCUUUCUCUCGUCGUAA